CAUCUCUAUAAAAUUACCCUUCUUUGUUACACAACUACCCCAUUAACACAACCAACAAUUCUCUUGACUUUCUACGAAUCUUGCGCAGCCUCACCAGAAAAACAAAGAACAACUCGCACGAAUCUUACCCACCUCUUUCUUCUACACAUAACAACACUACACAACACAAUUCUUGAAGAAAGGUUAUAUUGAUUGAUCAGUUUGUUUGGAAAGUUUUGUUAGAUUUGUGAAAGUCUAUAUUGGUUUUGAGAGAUGGAAAGCUCAGUGACGUUUGAGAGCGAUCUUCAUUUCAAGGCAACCGAGCUCAGGUUGGGCUUGCCAGGGACUGAUGAGUCUGAGAAACAAAGUUUGACUAGUGUGAGAAACAACAAGCGAGCAACGCCUGACACAGCGGAGGAUGGAGGAUCAGAGGGUGGUGGAUCCGAUGACAAAAAAAGUGACUGUGAAAGUGCACCCGCUGCCAAAGCUCAAGUGGUGGGGUGGCCGCCAAUCCGAUCCUACCGGAAGAACAGCUUCUCACCAAAGAAGACUGAGGCAGAGACCGGAAUGUAUGUGAAAGUAAGCAUGGAUGGAGCUCCAUAUCUCAGAAAGAUUGAUUUGAAGGUUUACAAGGGCUACCCAGAACUCUUAAAGGCUUUGGAGAACAUGUUCAAACUCACCAUAGGUGACUACUCAGAGAGGGAAGGCUACAAAGGAUCAGAAUAUGAACCAACUUAUGAAGACAAAGAUGGUGACUGGAUGCUGGUUGGAGAUGUUCCAUGGGAUAUGUUCACAACAACCUGCAAGAGAUUGAGAAUCAUGAAAGGAUCAGAAGCGAAAGGCUUAGGUUGUAGGGUAUAAUAAACCCACAACCUGCAGAAAACCCAUAACAGUAAUGGAAGAUCAGAAGUUGUCUCUCAUGAAGACCUAAUUUUCAGCUUGGGUUCUCGAAGAAUUUUGAUUUUGAAUACCCUCUUUGUGUCAACAGUUAUCUCUAGACUUCGAGUGGGAAGUGCAAGCAGAAAACAGAAAGAAGUACAUUAAAAUUACAGUACUUUAUAAAGUUGUAGCAGAAAAUCUAUGGUGGUUUGAGGUCGGUCUGUGUGUGAUAUUGUCUUGUUUGUAGUAGUUCCAUAGAACCAAAACUGCAUACAAAGAAAUACUUGCUUUCCAGAGCAAUUGUAUAGAGAUAUAUAUAUAUAUAACAAUAUGGUUCUCCAAGUUUUGGUUA